AUGAAUGAAAAGUAGUGUUAAAAUAAUUCGUUUAACAUAAAUUAGAUAUUCUUAUAUCUACGAUUGCUGAGAAAUUAGUAAAUAUAAAGAAAUGAGUUGGACAGUUUGGGUAAUUUUGAAUUUUUUAUAUUAAAGUGAGAUUUAGAAAAGAAGAAAUAAUUAUCAGUAUGUUGGUGAUGUUGUUAAAUAUAGAGGAAAAGAUAAAGAAAAAUAUGUAUUUACAUUUGAUAAGAGUUAUAUAGAAUGAAAAUCUAAUAUUAAAGUUGGUUUCAUAAGUGAUUCAUAAUUUUAGCAUAAGUUGUACCAACAAAAGUAGAUCCAUUGGUUUCAUAAAUGAAAGCAGACAACGUGUCUGAUUCAACAUAAUAUAUGAUUGUUAAUUUAAAUUAAUAAGUAAAAGAAGGAAGUUAUUGAAUUACUAAUUAAACAUUAUCAAAUAUUUGAAAGCUUAGAAAUUGCUUAACCAAAAGGUGUUUUAUUAUAUGGAACACCUAGUACUGAUAAAACAUUUUUAGUUAGAGCAAUAGCACUUUUCAUAAUGUAUUUAUAUAUUUACAUAUAAUUAAAUUCAGGAUAUUACAUUUAUUAGAGUAAUUGGAUCUAAUUAGUAUGAAAAUAUAUUGGCGAUAAUAAGAGGAAUUGAUCGAAGAAAAACUGUUGAAUUUUUACCUGGUGCUUCUGAGGCUGAAUCUAUAGUUGUUUUUACAGAAAAUUGUAUGUUUACAUUUGGAGAACUAAGAAUUCAUAAUUACUUAAGAAGAUUUUGAAAUUUCUGAUGCUAAAGUCAUGAAAAAAGAUAUUGAAAAAAUAAUAUGGCUAUCUAUAAAAUGUUUAAGUGAUUUUUAUUUAUUUAUAUAUACAAUAUUAUUAUUAUUUUUAAUGAUUUAACCUAAAGUCUUAACUCAAUUAUUAACUUAAUGCUAAAAUGAAUUUAAGGUUUAAUCCAUUUUUGUUGCAGCUACUGUUGAUGGUUAAAUGAUUGCUUAAGUUGGUUAAACUCAACAUUAAUUACCUUAAUUCUCUACAUUAAGCAUAUUUUUUGAUGAUUGCAAAGAAAUUGGCAAUAUUUAAUUAUGUAUUCACUUUUUCUUAUCUAUUGUAGCUUAAAAUAUUAAAUUGAAUUAUGUUUUUGUAGAAAUUGAAGAUCAAAGCAUUGUAUUGUCCAAUUUUUAAAAUUUAUUUACUCUUGGAAUAGCAUCAUCACAAAAUGUAGGAAUGCUUGUUUUGUAUAUGAAUAAAUUGCAUCGUCAAUUAGAAAAAAUCAUAAAAUGA